CCCUCGCCUCCCAAAUUGAGUUGGGUGGUCUAACAGCACGUGUAGUCACGCGUCCUUUCCCCUACCUUCAUUUUCCUUCCUUUUUGGUUAUCUCCAUUCCAUUCUGGCUAGGUACGAUCGAAAUCUGAGCUUUAGCUGUAAUCAUUCCAUUAUGUCAAAAAAAAAAAAAAGCUGUAAUCAUUCCCUUGCUUAGAAAUCUUUCCAUAGCUCUCCUCGUUCUGCCUGGCUAUCAGUUCGGGAAAUCCAUAGUCAAGAUUUGACCUUCACAAUCAUUCUUUCCCCUCUGCUGCGAUCAAAACUUCAUUUACUCCGAACAAUCAUCUCAACCCUGUUCCCAUCUCCAAUCCGCAGUUGAAACCCACGACGGAACACAUUGGGUAGUCUCUGAAGUUUCAAGCUUGCCUUUUUCCUUUCUGUGGGAAGGAAUUUCGUUUGCUAGCAAGUUUUGUGAUUGUUUCCGGUUUUCUUUCUCUCCGUUUUCUUGUUUUCUCCGUUUGGGUUUGGUUUUUCCAGCUAUCAAAUUAAAUUACAAGUGGCCACUCCGGGAAAGCCAAAUGUACAGAAAUCACUGCUCUUCCACCCCAUUCCCAACCCUAAAAUGCUGCUCCAGAUACUCCUCCCCCUAAAGCCUUCUUCUCGCCUCCUCUUAUCCUCCUCUUUUCCACGCUCGGCAUCAGCUCUAAAGGCAGAGCCACUGGCAGCAGCUACUCGCCAGCGGACAUGGCGAAACACUCCGUCGGUUGGCCGCUUCUGCAGAAGAGAUGGCUGCUGGGUCUGUUAAUCAUGCUUUCCAUCUCCACCGUCAUCGCUUUCUUUAUCAGGUCCGCUUUCGAUUCCUGCGAUCGUCACUUGGAAGAAGUUGCUCAGGGAUCUGCUCGUUCUUCCGGGAAUGCACCGGUGCCGGUGAAUAAGAAGGCGACGCCCCCUAGUCCCCUCAGCUUCAUGAGAUCCAAGCGUGUACUUUUGGUCUCGCAUGAGCUUUCCCUUUCUGGUGGGCCAUUGCUGCUCAUGGAACUAGCGUUUCUACUACGGAGUGUUGGUGCUGGAGUUUCUUGGAUAACCAUCCAAAAACCUCUGCAAACUGAUGGGGUUAUUUACAAUUUGGAGGAGAAAAUGUUGGUCCGAGGAGUUCAGGUAAUAUCUGCAAAGGGUCAAGAAGCUAUUGAUGCUGCCCUCAAAGCUGAUCUGGUUGUUCUGAAUACAGCAGUUGCUGGGAAAUGGCUGGAUCCUGUUCUUAAGGAAAAUCUUUCUCGUGUUCUUCCAAAAGUGUUGUGGUGGAUCCAUGAGAUGCGGGGCCAUUACUUUAAAUUGGAUUUUGUCAAACAUCUUCCUUUGGUUGCUGGUGCUAUGAUUGAUUCACAUGUCACAGCAGAUUACUGGAAGAAUCGAACUCAAGUGCGUCUUGGAAUUAAAAUGCCUGAGACGUAUGUUGUUCACCUUGGCAAUAGCAAGGAACUUAUGGAGGUUGCGGAAGAUAGUGUGGCAAACAGGGUUUUGCGUGAGCACAUCCGGGAGUCUCUUCAAGUUCGAGAUGAAGAUUUACUGUUUGGCAUUAUAAACAGUGUUUCACGUGGAAAGGGCCAGGAUCUAUUCCUACGUUCCUUCUAUGAGGCGUUACAAUUGAUCCAGGAUAAGAAGUUGCAGGUGCCAUCUGUGCAUGCUGUAAUUGUGGGGAGUGACAUGGGUGCACAAACAAAGUUUGAAACAGAAUUGCGGAGUUAUGUGAUGCAGAAAAAGAUUCAACACCGUGUUCACUUUGUGAACAAGACUCUCACUGUUGCUCCUUACUUGGCUGCAAUUGAUGUUCUUGUUCAGAACUCUCAGGCGCGGGGAGAAUGCUUUGGAAGGAUAACCAUUGAAGCCAUGGCAUUUCAGUUGCCUGUCCUGGGAACUGCUGCUGGUGGCACUGCGGAGAUAGUUGUGAAUGGGACUACUGGUAUGCUGCAUGCAGUUGGGAAAGAAGGCGUUCCGGCACUUGCCAAAAACAUGGUGAAACUCGCCACUCAAGUAGAGAGGAGGCUUACAAUGGGGAAGAGAGGCUAUGAGCGUGUGAAGGAGAGGUUUCUAGAACAUCACAUGGCACAUCGAAUUGCUUUUGUGCUGAAGGAUAUACUGAGGAAGUCCAAGGAUUACCAACAUCGUCAUACAACUUGAGCCUUGCUGUGUUAUUUUUGUGUCCAGAGAUUAACACAUGCGAGAAGUUUGAGCUGCAGUUUAUUGUUCCAGAAGUCAGUUCUCGCAAUCAAGGUAGCCUUACAAAGAUGACUGAAAGAGAGAUUUAACGAUAGGGAAAAGAUGUAGUUACGGCCCCAAUUCUGUUGGCAGAAGUGCUGUAAAUUGUGUACAUACUAGGAUGAGUUUCAGUGUUGGCUCAGACUGGUAAAAAAAAUGUUGCCUCCAUAGAAUCGCCGAGUUGGCAGUGUUGUCUUGAGUAUUUUAACUUUCCUGUGUGGUAAAUUUGAUUCAUUUCAGUUGGUGUGCCGUUAACUGGCUUGUAGGAGAGAUGUUUGUGUAUCCGGACUCGUAAGGAUGUUCAAACUUGUGUCUAUCAUGCAGGAUACGUAAGGUUGCUUAAUUGUUGAGUCGUAUGGGGAUGGGGAUGGGGAUGUAAGAGUCAGUCAGUCAGUCAGAUACGACAUACGAGUAAGGCUGCUGGAGUGGAUAUGGAUCUUUGAAAUGCACAAAUUGAUCGCAUGGAAGUAUAGCAGAUGGCAACGGGUGGGGUGGAGUGGAGUGGGGGACGAGUAGUGCAUAUUCGUUAUCCUAUCUAAAGUAGUUCGGAUUUUAUCCAUAUCUAUAUCCACAUAAGAAUUGGGUAGAAAAUUAAAAUCAUGCUCAUACCCGUUCGGUUUUCGGGUAUCCGCGGUUAUCCAUGGAUAGUAAUUUCUCGUUAUAACUCUAACCAAAAUGUUAACAUUCACACGUAUACUCACAUUAUAUAAGAAGAAAAGUACGACAACAAAUCACUAGAAUGAAGAUAAUUAAUUAAAAACAUUACAAUUUCAUGAAAACAUCAUAUUUAUAUGCUAAAUAUAAAAUAUGUUAAGAAAAAUAAUGAUCAUUUCUAGACAAAAUACAUAUUAAUGUGUAUAAUCGGGCGGGUUCGGGCCAGAUAGUGAGAAAACCAUGCCCACCCAUUACCUGCAAUAUUCGGGUUCGGGAUUUACCCAUACCCACUAAAAAUCCUUUGAAUUCGGAUUUUCCCCUACCCAAUUAGGUUGGAUCGGCCGGAUAUCGUUUGUCGAUUAUGUAAAUUCCCCCUUUCACUAUAACUUAUACUAGCGUUGGUCCCGGCCAGUUGGCCGGAGGAAGGUGAGGUAUGAAAUUUGAUAAUGUAAUGGGGUGUAUAGCUUAUUGUUGUAUAGUUCUUUUAGGAAACACGUAAUAAAAAUAGUGAAUUUUAGCAGGAAAGAGACAUUAAUGAUGCAACAAAUCAAAAAUCGGCCUUAUGAACCAAAAUCAAGUACCUGUUACCUUGUGAAACAAUAUUGUUUCUGGUAAUAUGAUGAGGUGGAGUAAGUUUUAUAGAAAUCGAAUUUCAUAAAAUCGAAUAAAAAAUCGCCUAUCCCGUCGGUUUUCGGGAAAUGAGCAUCUCACAAUCAUUACUAGCUUUUAUUCGGCCCGUUGGCCGAUUAAUUUGGUUUAUAAAACUUUCAUCUUGUCGUCAUUGUGCUUUCUGGUUUUUUUCAUGCCAUGAUAAAAUCUAAGGAAAUCAAGAACGAACGACACGAUUUGGGAUAGGAACCGUCGUUGUCGUAUCCCUAGAAAAUGGUGGUAAACACGGACCUCACCAGCCAAACUGGUUUGGAUUGAGAUUUUUAUCGGGUAUCAGGGAACCAUGUGAUUAUAAAUUAGACUUGAUCAAAACGGGCCAAAACUUGAAAUGCAACAUGUUUGACCGACCCAUGCCAAAUUCUAAUUAUUCUUUACUUUUAAACUUUCUAUUUGAAAAUAAAAAAUAGUGAAAGAAAAGAGAUGACUGCAAUUUGCCAUUUGCACAUCACUUAUUCGGGAAUAAAACCAUAAAAAUUCAAAAGGAACUGAAAAUGUUAGGAUCGUUUUAAUGUUUAAAAUAACCAAAUAGAUCUUUCUGUUUAGUUUUUUACUAACAAAUACCAAACGAUUCCCUAUAAAAUACAUUAUAAUUU